CGUUCCGUGACUGGCAGGUAAAUUGCCUGAUGGGAAAAUAAGUGGGCGUCCUCCUCAGAGCGUGCCCGUAGGGAACAUUUGAGCAGGAUCACGGGGCUGGAAAGGAUUGCGUCUCUCAAAUUGGCUGUGGAAAAUUGAAGGAAAUGCUGCCGCUGUGCUAACGUUAGCGACGCAGAGCAGCGCGUGACGCGGCACCGCCAGCCAGGCUCAGACAGUCUGUACCGGGGAGACGCAGCGAUAAUGGGGCAGGCGUAUAAUGACACCGGGCUCACUGAAGGUGGACUUCUCUGAAUAGCCUGAGCUGUCAGAGAUGACUGCUCGCACAGAAGCAGCGUUUGUGUGGGGCGUCUGGCGUCAGAUGUUUCGAAACGGGCGGCGUAGUGAUGACGGACACAUGAAGGGGUGCCUCGUUGCCACGGCGAAGCUCUGCUUAAGGCCCACCGUUCCCUCAGCCCCAGUGGCAUUUCGGUUUUUCUGCUUUUAAGUUCCUGAUAAACGCCGCUCAAGUGACUUUUAUUUAUUUAUUUUUUUGCCAAUUCAUUGACCUUUCACAGUUUGUCCUUGUGUUAUUUAUUUAGUUAUUUAUAUAUAUAUAUAUAUAUAUAUAUAUUUUUUUUUUCACAGAAGGUAUUUGGAGACAGCGGUGAAAGAGAAAUAUCUUUCUCAUCUAUCUGCUUAUAAGCCCGGCAUCACAUUCAUAAAAAUGUGCCAUAAGCCUGUCUCCAUCUCUCCGCUCUUUCAUUUCCUGUCCCACAGGAAAUUGCCUCACAAUCUACUGAUAGCUUUUCCUUCCCCCCCCACCCCCCACACAUUGCUGCGACUUAUCUUUCAUCUCUGCUUUUAUUAAAGACAAAACUUCCAUGCAGGGUGUUGACAAAUACUGUUGCGUUUCGCCAUGUGAAGCCGCGUCUGUCGGUUGAGGUGAAGAAAGAACGCAUUUUAAACUGGGUCUGCUUUGGUUUUUCACGGGAAGGGUGCGUUUUAUGGGGUAUGUGAGCCUGGGACCGCAGUAGAUAAGACACACUUAUCAGUAUCCAUCAUCCAUGGGGUGUUGCUGUCAGCCAAAGAGCUUCGGUCAUUUUAAAGGCUGACCAUGAAAUGUGGUUGUAUUGACCAUUGUUGGCGUCAAAAUGUGACAGGUGCUUCCGCUGAGCUGACUGUACACAGCAUAGGUUGUGUGAAGUGUAAACUGAACUGUUUGAUGACCAUGCAUGCAUCGGCCAGACGUUUCAAAGGUCACAGGACCAGCCGAUGAGACUGAGCUUUACGAGUUUGUCUAUAAACAGGACGUGUCCUGAGGAACCGGCUUUUGAAGUGGACACUGAAUGCCUGGAAACAGAAAAUUUGUGUCUCUGCAUUUUAAAGCACCUGAAGGAACUGAUGAGAAUUUUAAAUGGGUUGGACUAUUUUGUUUUAUUUUUUUCUGUUGUUUUGAAAUCACCCUCUGGGUCCCAGUGCUGUGUGUUCAUAUUUAUUUAUUUUUUUGGGAACAUCUGUCCCAUAAGUGACCAAGGACCGUAGAGCACAGCUGUAUUACAGCUGCAGAGGUUCCUGACUUGAGCACUGGGCCCCAGCUGGUUUACAGUGCACAGAACAUACCUGAUGCCAAAUACUGAAAAAAUACUGGAUUCGAGCCGCAUGACCAUGUUCUGUGCAUCGCACCAGCGCUCAUGUAUUCAAAGGGUCAUUAAAGAUGGCCUUGCACUUCUCAUCAUGAGGCUUUUUCCCGCAGUUCUGUCAUGUGUGAAAUAUGCAGGCUUUUAUUUGUUUUUUUCUUUGAAAUGCUUAAAUUUCAACAGGUGUGGAGGAUUAACACCGAGGUUAUCGGAGACGAGGCUCGCGUCGGCCAAUCGAGCGGCGGCGUCUGUUCAAAGCCAGCCUGCGUUAUCAGGGGAAGUCUGUGGAAGACGCUGUUGGUGGAGCGUGGCUGCGGGACUGUGCGCCGAUGGCCGUCUCCCCCAUGAAGAAGGGCCGUCUGGAGCCCGUGCCCCGGAUGCAGCCGGCCAUGAUGAUGUUCUCCAGCAAGUACUGGGCCAGGAGGGGCCUGUCCCUGGAUUCAGCCAUGCUGGACCAGCAGCGGGGGGCGGCCCAGGGGCCUCGCCGCCCCUCGUUCGGCCCGAUCGAGGAGAAGGACCGGGACAGCAGGGUGCAGGCGGACGAGUCGGGGAAGACCACGGUGGUGAUCGCCCUGAAAAACGACAUCGGCUGCUUGGUCAAGGCCCUGCGGCUCUUUCAGGAGAAGGGGGUGAACCUGGCCCACAUCGAGUCGCGCCGGUCCAGGCGCAGGGCCUCUGAGGUGGAGAUCUACGCCGACUGCACCUGCAGCAAGGGGGAGUUCAGCGACCUGGUGCAGCACCUCAAACUGCACCUGAGCACCGCCUCCCUGAACGCACCCGAGAACACGCUGUCCGAGGAGGAAGAGCUGGACGAGGUGCCCUGGUUUCCGCGUAAGAUCUCGGAGCUGGACCAGUGCGCCCACAGGGUCCUCAUGUACGGCUCGGAGCUCGACGCUGACCAUCCGGGCUUUAAAGACACCGUUUACCGCCAGAGGAGGAAAUAUUUCGUGGAGGUUGCCAUGAACUAUAAAUUCGGACAGCCCAUCCCCCGUGUGGAGUACACGCCGGAGGAGGUGAAGACGUGGGGCGUGGUGUUUCGCGAGCUCACCAAGCUCUACCCCACCCACGCCUGCCGCGAGUACCUGAAGAACCUCCCCCUCCUCUCAAAGCAUUGUGGGUACCGGGAGGACAACAUCCCCCAGCUGGAGGACGUGUCCGUCUUCCUCAGAGAGAGGUCCGGCUUCUUGGUGAGGCCCGUGGCGGGAUACCUGUCGCCCCGGGACUUUUUGGCGGGGCUGGCGUACCGCGUGUUCAACUGCACCCAGUACGUGCGGCACAGCACCGACCCGCUCUACACGCCCGAGCCGGACACGUGCCACGAGCUGCUGGGCCACGUGCCCCUCCUGGCGGACCCCAAGUUCGCCCAGUUCUCCCAGGAGAUCGGCCUGGCGUCGCUGGGUGCCUCCGACGAGGACGUGCAGAAGCUGGCCACGUGCUACUUCUUCACCAUCGAGUUCGGCCUGUGCAAGCAGGAGGGGCAGCUGAGGGCCUACGGGGCCGGCCUGCUGUCCUCCAUCGGGGAGCUGAAGCACGCGCUGUCCGAGAAAGCCGCCGUGAAGCCGUUUGAACCCAAAACCACCUGCUACCAGGAGUGCCUCAUCACCACCUUCCAGGACGUGUACUUCGUCUCCGAGAGCUUCGAGGAGGCCAAGGAGAAGAUGAGGGACUUUGCCAAAACCAUCCAGCGGCCUUUCUCUGUGUUCUACAACCCGUACACCCAGAGCGUGGACCUGCUGAAGGACACGCGGAGCAUCGAGAACGUGGUGCAGGACCUGCGCAGCGACCUCACCACCGUCUGCGACGCGCUGGCCAAGAUGAACAAGUACCUGGGCAUUUAGCUGCUCCCCCCCCACCCCCCCCCCCGCCCCCGCCCCCCGUCCCACACACGCACGCAUUAGCACGCCAGGUAGCGCCACCGUGUGAUCCGUCCGAACCUCAUUCGUCAGGCCCAAAUGGCCACUUGAAAUUCAGCAGCCAAUCAGGUUGAUGUAUCUGUUCGAAUAGUAGAGACCCAGGUGUGUUUUUUUUAGAUUUGGCAAGCGGUCCUAAAUGACGCAGCGGUUUUUUAGUGUGAUAAAUGUGUCCCACAAAGUGUCUCUCCAGGGGUUUGCAUUGAUCGAGCCUCCCACUGCCUUAAUAACAAUGACAAACAGAGCCCACUGAUGGGGUCUUAAGAACAGGCGAAAAUGCUCAUGUUAUACCUCUUCAGUAGACGUUCACACUAAUCUAACUAAACACUCCAGCGCCAAACGUUCGUGGGAGCGCUUUUGAGGUAUAAAAAUAACACGUUUAAUUUGCGUAUUUGAACACAUUUUGAACCACGCAAAUAAAGCCAGAAGGAGGUGUGUGAGUGGGUGACACAGCGGAAAGAAGUGUGGAAGUGCUCUUUAGAAAAAGAGUUCACUCCAAUUAGUUCGGCUUGAAAAAAUAUCACCGGGGCACACGCUUCUUAUUUCAAAAAAAAGUUAAAAUUGCCUUCAUUAUUAUUGCAUAUUCGCUGAGGAGAGAAACCAACGUGACUGGGUCUUAAAUUACAUUUUAGAAAAGAGUUGUUCAACAAUGGGCAUGAAAGUUUCCGCCAAAAGUUCAGAUAUUAGUUUCAGAAAGAAAGAAAAAGACGGAAAGAGAAGUGCCCUUCCUUUUUCUCCGAUAUUCAAGCCAAAUGGGGAACUGCAAUGGCCAAUUUCUCUGGGAUCCAAUCCUUUGGUCCACAUUGAUCCACCCUUUAUUACAACAUAAAAGAAGAAGCCAGUCGAUCCUUCAGUGUAUGAUUCACAUUGUGAAUGGCAGCAGGGCCAUACCCCACACACAAACCUCUGUGUGUCGUCUUUGGCCGAUGGAUCCAGCGCCUCGUUUAAAUACCACCGUUAAGACAAGACCGCCAUGGCAAAAGUAUCGAAUCCACAGACGUCCUCCCCUUCAUCACACCCCCAAGAUGCCCUAUGAGGACAGCAACUGCACUGUGUGGACCUGCCAUGUUGGCCGAUGGAACUAAUGUAGCAGCUGCUCCACAACCUGUGUGCUCUCAACCCCUGUGUGCUCUCAACCCCUGUGUGCUCUCAACCCCUGUGUGUUCCUAACCCCUGUGUGCUCUCAACCCCUGUGUGCUCUCAACCCCUGUGUGCUCUCAACCCCUGUGUGUUCCUAACCCCUGUGUGCUCUCAACCCCUGUGUGCUCUCAACCCCUGUGUGCUCUCAACCCCUGUGUGUUCUCAACCCCUGUGUGCUCUCAACCCCUGUGUGCUCUCAACCCCUGUGUGCUCUCAACCCCUGUGUGCUCUCACCCCUGUGUGCUC